AUGUGGGUGUUGCUGAAUUCACAAUCGAGCAGUUGGAACGUGGUGGAGCGGCUCAUCUUUCCGGCGCCCAAGGUGUCCUACACGAUCCACAGCUUCCCCAGAGAGCUGAUCCUCAUCCCACGCCAGGAUGGUGCCAAAGUACCGUGCUUGUUCCUUCCAUUUCAACAUGCUCGUUUCCUGUUCAUCUACUUUCACGCCAACGCGGAGGAUUUGGGCUUGAGCUACGGCUUCUGCAAGAUGCUCAGAGAUCUCUUUCAAGUUCAUGUCUUGGCCGUGGAAUACCCUGGCUAUGGCAUCUGUCCUGGAAGUUGCGAUGAGGCCGGCAUCAUGGCCAAUGCGCAUGCGGCAUUUCACUUUGCAACGGAAACGCUGAAGUGGCCCAAAGAUGGCAUCAAGCUCUUUGGUAGAUCUUUGGGAACCGGUCCCACGGUGCAACUGGCGGCCAAGGCGGAGGUUGCCGGUGUCAUCCUGAUCAGUCCCUUUACGAGCAUCCGCGAGCUCUUUCGCGGGCAGAUCGGACAAAUGGCAGAUUUUUUGGAGAAUCGCUUUCCGAAUUUGGAGUUGACGCCGAAGAUCAGAAGUCCGACCUUGAUCAUUCAUGGCUUACAAGACUCCCUGGUCUCUCCGGAGCAUGGGCGAAGGAUCUAUGCCUCCAUUGGCUGUAAGCGGAUGAUUGUGACGCCACACAACAUGAGUCACAACACCUCCUUGCUGAAGGACGCUGCGACCUUCAUUCUGCCCAUGACGCAUUUCUUCUCUUUGCCCGACUACAGCUUCGAAGAGCUUUCACUUCCCAGCUGGGUUUUCCCUGCUGGUGAUGCUGAUCUCCAGUCUAGCAAGCAGAGAUACGACUUGGAAUGGUUUCCGCCCAUGUGCACGCACAGCUGCAUCCAGCCACGCAACAAGGAGGAGGCCAUGGUGGAGCCCAUCAGCAGACUCAAAGCGUGCCAUGGGCCGCCCGAAGACGCCGAGGCGGAAGUGCGUGUUUUUUCACUGCCAGCGGAAACCGGCAGUUCCGCUGCAUCGCCCACUGACACGGAUCAUGACUGGACUGAUGCCAGCGGCAUCAGCGCUGUGCCGACGGAUCUACGGACUGCACCUGCGCAAGCUGCGCUUGAUGCGCCGGUGCAGGUGGUGACACACUGUCUUCCAAGUGAAUCGCGCGGAAACUUCAAGACGGAGUUGUGA